AUGUGCAGAGAUGGCAGCAUCGUUGGAACUCUGCUCGAUGGCUUAAUUGGCGGCGGCGGCUCUUCCGGCGGUGGCGGCUCUUCCGGCGGUGGCGGCUCUUCCGGCGGUGGCAGCUUGUUAAACGUCCUCUCAAGCGAACAAGGUGGUGGAGCGUCUACUGGAAAUGGCAAAAACAAGAAUUCGAAAAAGGACAGCUCCGGCGGCGCUAGCGGCAAUACCGACAGCACCGUCCUCUCAAGCCAACAAGGUGGUGGAGAGUCUGGAGAUGGCCAAAAGAAUAAAAGACAAGAACAAACAAGAGAGAAACAGGGCAGCUACGGCAGCGGGCUCGGCAACGGAAGCUCCAGAGACAAAAAGUCUGGAGAUAGCCAAAAGAAUAAAAGACAAGAACAAACUACAGAGAAACAGGGCAGCUACGGCAGCGGCCUCGGCAACGGAAACUCCAAAGAAAAAAAGUAUAAACAACACGAACAAACAACAAAGAAACAGGACGACUCCGACAGCGGCACCAGCGAAGAGUGCUCCAAAGACGAAAGUAUGUGUCUAUGUGACACUUCAGGGCGUCCGUUAGCUGACGCGGGUGCACGUAGCGGGCGCACGGACGCGGGUGCCAUUAUGCCGAUGGAUACGAUGACUAGAGGCGGCCUUAAGGAGAGGGAAGCGUUGCGAUGUUCGCUGUAG